AUGGGAGGUGUUUUCCCCACUCAUGAAUUCGUGAUACAAGGAUUCUCGGUUUCUUUCAUUCUCGGGACUUCUUUUGUGCCCAUGUCCGGCUUCUCCCCCGUCUGUCCACCUCUACCUGUCUGCCCGCUAAUCCCGCCCGUCAUGGCCGCGCCGGACACCACCGCCGACAGCCUCAAGGGCCUCCUGGGUACUACGAUUGGCCUCAUCACGAUUGCCGUUGUCUUUCGAUUCGUUGCCAGACUCCAGCAAAAGGCUCAUGUUCGCGUGGAUGACUGGCUCACCGUUCCUGUCUUGAUUGCAUUUAUUGCUGGAUCUUCCUGUUAUCUCCACAUGAUCAGUAUCCGAUCGUUGGGAUACUCGAGCUUUGAGGUUUCGAAAGAAGAGGUCAAAGAACACGUGAAAAAAUCUCAGACGAUUUCCAUUGUUCUUCAGUUCCACACCACUACGAUCAGAAAAGUUUGCUUGCUGGGGAUAAUCCUUCUUGCUUGCUUCGGAUUUGCUGCUUCUACUGUUCGCGUCGUUGUCUUCACUCAAAUCGUCAAUGCUGGCGCUGCGGCAUACCGUAUGGCUCGUCAAAGGCAACUCACUAGGGCCAUCUUUUACAUGGCGUUAGAGCUCGGUAUCAUGGCCGUCGCCAUAAACCUUCCCUUAAUCUGGGUAGUUUUUGCCAAGGUUGGACCGGAAUCCAUCAUCCGCAGCGUUCGCAGUGCCAUUUCCUUGGCCUCGAUUGGCCCCCAUCGCUCAGGCGGCUCUCUGGGCUCAAGGGGCCAACACAGAAUCGCAAAAGUCAUCUACGUCAACCUCCUCCACUGCGCCUUUGCCUGCUGGCCAAUUCCCCAAGCCUGGAGACGACUUGGAGGCGCUUGA